CUCUACUUGCAGUACCAUCAACCACAACCAUUUCCUCUACUUAACAUCAUCUGAAUCGUCACAACUCACAACCCUCACCCUUUCCUUCCUCCUUUAAUUUGCAACUCACACUACCAGUGGUCUCAAAGUAGACCUCUGUUGGAUACUGCUGUGUUGCCUCAGCUAAUAAGUGCUUAUCUUUGAGUUUCUGAAGAUGUCAUCUUGUAUGAGCAAGAAAAUCCAAGGCCAAAGCCUUUCUAUAGAAGAAGAGAACAUGGUGGUGGUGCAGAAGCAGGGCAUUGUGACCAUUUUCGCCUCUAACCACGAUGCUCCCACUUCUCUUCGACGCACUCUAUCCGCAGACAUGUCUUCCAAGACAUGGCUUUCUCAAAAUGGUUUCUUUCCCAUGAAAAAAAAUGCUUCCUCAGAAGAACUCUCUCACUCAUCACUCACAAAAUCCACUGUUUCUGACUACUCAUCAUCCUUAUCUGAUGAAGAUUACAGCGAAAAAAUGAAGCAAAACCGGUUCCAAAUUUGGAACACAAUUCAAAAGGAGCAUCAUGAGGACAACAAACCAAGACACGUUGAUGUGUGGAGUUCAAUUUUGGCCCAAAAGGCCAACGAGGAAACCUCGAAACUAACCACAACUCCCUAUGUUCAUCCACUUGUGAGAAGGUCAAAGAGUUGUUUGAGUGAAAAAAGUUUGGAGAUUUGCACGGAGAGUCUUGGAUCCGAAACUGGCUCAGAUGGGUUCUCUUCUUACUCACCAUCUGAGACAGAGGAUUCAGAAGGAGAAAAGAAAAAUGUUGAAGAAGAAGAAGGAGAAGAGAGUGUGCAAAUUACACACGAGGAGGAUUUUCAAGUGCCAAAAUGCAACUAUGCUGAGAAAAAGCCCUUGCCUCGUUCUUUCCCUCCUCCACUCCCUUCACUCCACAUGCGUUCACACCGUGACAAUGGACGGUUGUUCCUACAAGCUGUGUCUGUUCCUUCACAGAACAACUUUUGUGCUCAACGAGAAAACGGUUGCCUUGUCCUCACUUUUGCUGACGUGGAGGUAGCUGAAGAAGAAGAAGAAGAAGAAGAAGAGUUUGAUGAGGCAGAGGAAGUUGAGAGUGUGAUAGAGGAAGCAAAAACACCCAUGUUGUUGUCUAGUGGGAUUGGGUUAGCAUUAAUGAUGAAUAAGCCAAUUGGGUUAUUAGGUGCUGAUGCCAACGUUAAGAGUCCAAAAUGGUCAGAGAAGUUCAACGAUGUGGUCAAUUUUAAGGAUGUUGAUGUGGUGCAACAUAGUCAUCCACUGCCACCGAGGCCACGGCAACAACAUGCUAUUCAUAAAAAGGCUUUCAAUGCUUAUGAAUACUAUUGGAGGACCAAGCCCACGGCAAAAGCUGCUCCUGCUUCUAACACGUUAAUUACCUUUCAUCACAACAACAAUUACUCUUCCCUGGAGAACAAUUUUAAGAGUUGCAAGGAUUCUUGGAGAUCUUUUCUGAUCUGGGAACCCUAUUGCAUUGCUACCUGACCUGAGUCUCAAAUUUGGUCACAUUUCUAAUUGAAAACUUGUUACUCAACUCAAAUACUUUGAUUAUUGUAGCAUUUUCUCCCUACCCAGUUCCACUCAUUCAGGGAGCUAUAGUCAAACUCAAAUAAUAGAAAAAUGGAGAGGGUGAAAAGGAAUAGUGAGAGAGAAUGCUUUAUUUGUAAUUGCAAUAGCAAGAUCAGAAAAUGAGAAAAAUUACUUGGACAGGUCAUAUAUAUUAUAUUUAUCGGUUUAUGCUAUUAACAAUUGCAUGAUCAAA